UAUUGUUUUUUAAAUCAAUUAAAUUUUUUUUAAAUAUGGCUGCCUGACUGUUAUACAUAAAUAUAUUUUUGAAGUGAAUUUGUAAUUUACAAAAUUAUAUUAUUAAAUGAGCAAGAUUUUUGGAAAUUUUUUCGUGCGCGAUAAUUAUUUAAAAUUCUUAUUUAAAAAGAAAAAUACAGUGUAUAUUUAAAAAAAAAGGGUCUGAAAUUUUAACGCCCUUCCAUCUUUGAUUAAAAAAGAUUAAUGUGUAAAAUAAUUUUGUUAAUUUGACUAACAACUAUAAGCAUCUACUGCAAAUAUUUCAAUAUAGUGCUAAGAUAGUUGAUUUUUUGUCUAAAGUUGUAGUUUUUUUUUCAUUUUGAAUAACAAUACAUACUAAACUUUGAAGUCAUCAUUUUUAAUAUGGAAUUAGAGAACUUACAGAACAUAAAUCAGUUGGAUUUCUUUCCUGCAGUGCCUGUUAUAAAACAGGAACAAUCAGAGCGUUUGGAUGAAAAUAGCUCUAAUAGUGCUAAUCCAUGCGACAGUGUAGAAAAACAAGUUGGACAAGCAACAAGUACUCCAAAUGAAACAAUUCCAACAAAAUGUGUUUGGUGUGGACAAGUUCUCACUCCAAAUGAUCAUCCAAAACUCUUAGAAUGUCUCCAUGUUGCUUGUGGACAAUGUAUUAACACCAAGUUCACAGAAGUGGAUCGUACUAUGCCACCGAUAAUACAUUGUCCAUUAUGCAAUAUGGCAAGUCAAAAUGACUUUAUUAUUGAUAACCAGUUUUUAAUAGAAUCAAUUAACUCCAGUGAUGAUAAUCAAUCCCUAGAAGGUGAUAAAUCAUCGGCUCAGGUAAAAUGCAGCAAUUGCAGUGAUGAAGCAACAGCGACUUCUUGGUGUGUGGAUUGUUCAGAGUUUAUUUGUGAUAAUUGUGUCCAAGCACAUCUUCGUUUGAAAAUAACAAAAGAUCAUACCAUCAAGCCAAAAGAUGAAGCUAAUUGCGAUUUGCAAAACAAUAACAAUAAUGCCAAUCGCAGUUUAAUGUGUUCAACACAUCCACAAGAAAAAUUAUCAUUAUUUUGCGAAACUUGUGAUAAAUUGACUUGUAGAGAUUGUCAGUUGGCAAAUCAUCGGGAUCAUAAAUAUAAAUUUGCACAUGAAAUUGCUACUGAAACAAGAAAUCAACUCACUUCACUAUUAAGUGAUAUUAAUUAUAAAAGAUUUCUUUUAACUAGUGCAAAAAAAGUUAUUGAUGACCGUCAAAAUUUAAUUAUGGAACGAAAAAAAGAUAUGAUCAAAGAUAUUACAGCAAUGGUUGUUAAAAUAACCAACACAGUUAAUGCUCGAGGCAAGCAGUUGGCAAUGAGAGUAAAUGAAGUUUGUGAUGCUAAAUUAAAGGUACUGUGUGAAAAAAAGGAGGCUUUACAGUUGCUCUCGGACAAUACAGACCAUUGCAUUGAUUUUGUUUCAAAUGCCCUAGAAAAAGGGAGUGAUGGAGCAGUUUUAUAUAGUAAAAAAUCGUUGUCAAGACAUUUACAAAAGCUAAAAUGUCAACGGGCUGAUAUUCCAAACCCAGAAAUUCCAGUUCGAUUAAAUAUUCAAUUAAAUCAAGUGAGCGAGUUGCAAAAAGUUAUAUCUCAAAUGGGUACAAUUCUUGUUGAUGGAAAACCAUACCCCUCGCAACCGCAACUGAACGUUCCACCACGACAGGCUGUUAGUCCAAACAUGGCUCCGCCUCUAAGACCUGGAUUACAACCACCGGCUUUGCAACAAAUUCCUUCUGGACACCAACCUCCUGUUCCUACAAAUAAUUAUCAAAACGGAUCACCAUACCAUAAUGCCCCAUCACAACCGUUUAAUAGCAUGCAGAUGAACAGACAAUAUCCAAAUGAUGCUCAAAGAAUGAAUGGAUAUCCAGGAAUGGGGCCUGGUUCUAUGCAAAGGCAACCUGGGCAGCCGCUUGUUAGUUCUUCCACACAUCCUCAAAAUAUAGUUAAUCAAAAUCCAAAUCAUAUGGGUUUUGGUAAUCCAAGUAUGCAACAAAACGGACCAUCGCCUCCAAAUAUUCAACAUCAGAUGCGACAGCAUUUUAUGAGUGGAAACCCUGUUCAAAAUCCAAAUCACCAAUGUCAAAAUUUUCAGCAAAACCAGGUUGGACCUAAUGGACCUCCUGGAGCAUUUAUGAAUAGUGGACCUAGGUUUCAAAAUUUUCAACGCAUGACUCCUAAUCAUCUUCAAGGCAUGUCAGGCACAAGUCCUAUCAGCAAUAAUGUUGCAGGACCUAUUCGCCCGAUGAUGCAAAACUCAAUGGGUUAUGGAGUACCACAAAAUACAUAUAACCAAGGGGGUCAAACAAAUCAACCGAUUAACGUUCAAAUGGGACUAAGCAUGCCAAACACAGCGAAUCACUCUGUUGGAGCUAAAUGGCACAUUCCUCAGUCGGCGCAACAAGAUAGUGGCGCAGUGUGUAUUCAACAAAAUCCUUUGCUACAGUUUCCUAACGGUCAACAAAGAGAAAAUUUUAAAAUAUCUUUGAAAUCCCCAAAUACUAUUAAAAAUACCACACCACCAGCCACAACCCCUAAUCCAAGUGUGCAGCCAAGUAUAUUACCCAAUGUAACCUCUACAAAUCCAAAAACACCGAGUCCGAGCACCAAUGAUGCGUCCAAGGAUUUUACAGAGCCAAUAGAUAAAGUAAGAGAAGAUUCAAUCAACGAUUUGAUGGCUACAAUCGCUAAAUUAGACUCAAAUGGAGUUCAAGUUCUAGCUGAAGGAAGAAAUAAAACAACUUCUCCACAAGUUCACAGUUCCACUGAUUUAACAAAUACUCAAGAAGAAAAACAUGAUAUGAAAGACGAUCCUAAUGAAGACUGGUGUGCUGUGUGUUUGGAUGGUGGAGAAUUAAUGUGUUGCGAUAAAUGUCCGAAAGUGUUUCACCAGAGUUGUCAUAUACCCGCUAUUAGUUCUUUACCAGAUGAAAGUGAAACUUGGCAGUGUUUAUUGUGUGUAAAUAUGGAGGCACUUACUGCUCAAGCUGAACAAAAAGUAAAUAACACAGGGGAGCUUUUACCUUGUGAACUAAAAAUUAUUCAACGUAUUUGCUUAGAGUUAUAUUGUCAAUAUGAACAAAGCUUACCAUUUAGAGAGCCAGAACCUCAAAGCAAUACAAGUUACUAUGAAAUUGUUUGCAACCCAAUAUCAUUGGACGAAAUUCGAAGUCGAUUAGACCCUCAUAAACCAAAUCAUUAUAAGGACAUAGGAUCUUUCGUUCGUGAUGUAAGGUUGUUAUUUAAAAACGUUCAUCUUUUUUAUCAGGAGGAUUCAAAAACAUUUACCAAGGCCAGGUAUUUGGAAAGUUUUUUUGAUGAACAAUUACGUAAGUGGCUACCAAAACACACUAAUACAAAAUCUAGCGAGGGUAGCAAUAAUGAAACAACUAGUAAUGAAGAGAGUUCUGCAAAGAUCACUGAAAGAACAUAUGAUGAUGGAAACGGUACAAACAGAAAUGAAAAUGUACCAAAUAAUACGAAAGAUCGAAAUUGUUCUGAGGAACCUCCACAAAAAAAAUCAAAAGUUUAGAUUUGUAAUUUAAUAUUAUGGUUUAAGUAUUUCGUGUAACAAAUAGGAAAAUUUUCACAAAACUUUUUUUUUUUUAAUAUUCUCAUGAUGAUAUAAAUUUGACUUUUAAUUUCUCAAAAGA